AUGCGCCUCGCUUACCGACGCCUCAAGCCGCCGCGGCAGCCAUGCCUCUACACUACCUUCUCCACCGCGGCCGCCGUAACGAGCGCCCCCUCCGCCGAGCGCCUGCUCGCGCUCCUGCGCGGAUGCGUCUCAGUGUCCCACCUCCCUCUGGGCCUCCAAAUCCACGCGCGCGCCGUUGCCUCCGGCGCCCUCACCACCGACCCUGCGCUCCAGACCCGGCUCCUCGGCAUGUACGUCCUCGCGCGCCGGUUCCGCGACGCCGUUACGGUGUUCUCCUCUCUCCCGCGCGACGCCGCCGCCUCCGCGUUGCCCUGGAACUGGCUCAUCCGCGGCUUCACCGCGGCUGGCCACCACCGCCUCGCCGUCCUCUUCUACCUCAAGAUGUGGAACCACCCCGCUGCGCCGCGCCCGGAUGGGCACACCCUCCCCUACGUCGUCAAGUCCUGCGCCGCGCUCGGCGCGCUCGCCCUCGGCCGCCUCGUGCAUCGCACGGCGCGGGGAAUCGGGCUCGGCCGCGACGUGUACGUUGGGAGCGCGGUCAUCAAGAUGUACGCCGACGCUGGCCUUCUCAGGGACGCGCGCGAGGUGUUCGACGGAAUGGCAGAGCGGGACUGCGUUUUGUGGAAUGUGAUGAUGGACGGGUGCGUCAAGGGCGGGGACGUAGCCAGCGCGGUGGGGCUGUUCCGGGACAUGAUGGUGUCCGGUUGCAUGCCCAAUUUCGCAACGCUGGCAUGCUUUCUGUCUGUGUGUGCGGCGGAGGCUGACUUGCUGUCUGGGGUGCAGCUCCACACUCUGGCAGUGAAGUGUGGUUUAGAGCCGGAGGUGGCAGUGGCUAACACAUUGCUAUCGAUGUAUGCCAAAUGCCGGAGCUUGGAUGAUGCAUGGAGAUUGUUCGACCUGAUGCCACGGGAUGACUUGGUGACCUGGAACGGGAUGAUCUCAGGUUGUGUUCAAAACGGGCUUCUUGACGAGGCGUUUGGGUUAUUCUGUGAUAUGCAGAGGAGUGGUGUUCGACCAGAUUCUGUUACGCUGGUGAGCUUGUUACCAGCUUUGACUGACUUGAAUGGUUUCAAGCAGGGGAAGGAGAUACAUUGUUAUAUCGUCAGGAACUGUGUGCACAUGGAUGUAUUCCUGGUGAGUGCUUUGGUGGACAUCUAUUUCAAGUGCAGGGAUGUGAGGAUGGCACAGAAUGUGUAUGAUGCUGCUAGGGCCAUUGAUGUGGUUAUUGGCAGUACAAUGAUCUCAGGUUAUGUUCUUAAUGGGAUGAGUGAAAAGGCAGUGCAAAUGUUCCGGUACUUGUUAGAACAGUGCAUCAAACCAAACGCUGUUACUGUAGCUAGCGUGUUGCCAGCAUGUGCUAGCAUGGCCGCUAUGAAGCUCGGUAAGGAGAUCCAUGGCUAUGUUCUAAGAAAUGCGUAUGAAGGAAAAUGUUAUGUGGAGAGUGCACUUAUGGACAUGUAUGCAAAAUGUGGCAGACUUGACCUGAGCCAUUAUAUCUUUUUCAAGAUGUCUGCAAAGGAUGAGGUGACAUGGAACUCAAUGAUUUCAAGCUUUUCACAGAAUGGAGAACCAGAAGAAGCUCUAGACCUUUUCCGCCGAAUGAGUAUGGAAGGAAUAAAGUACAAUAGUGUAACCAUAUCUUCUGCCCUAUCAGCAUGCGCGAGUUUACCAGCUAUAUAUUAUGGAAAGGAGAUUCAUGGUGUUAUCAUAAAGGGUCCUAUAAGGGCAGACAUAUUCGCUGAGAGUGCUCUGAUAGACAUGUACGGCAAAUGUGGGAACUUGGAGUUGGCUCUUCGUGUUUUUGAAUUCAUGCCUGAUAAGAAUGAAGUGUCAUGGAAUAGUAUAAUUGCUGCCUAUGGAGCUCAUGGUCUUAUUAAAGAGUCGGUGAGCUUAUUGCGACAUAUGCAGGAGGAAGGCUUCAAACCAGAUCAUGUAACAUUCCUUUCUUUGAUAUCUGCUUGUGCUCAUGCUGGGCAGGUUGAAGAAGGACUCCGACUUUUUCAAUGCAUGACUAAGGAAUAUCAGAUUGCACCACGAAUGGAGCAUUUUGCUUGCAUGGUUGACCUAUACAGUCGUUCUGGGAGGUUAGAUAAAGCUAUACAAUUUACUACGGAUAUGCCAUUCAAGCCGGAUGCUGGCAUUUGGGGUGCCCUUCUCCAUGCUUGCCGUGUGCAUCGCAAUGUUGAACUUGCAGACAUUGCUUCCCAAGAACUAUUCAAGUUAGAUCCUGGUAAUUCUGGUUAUUAUGUCCUCAUGUCCAAUAUCAAUGCAGUUGCUGGACGAUGGGAUGGUGUGUCAAAAGUUAGAAGAUUGAUGAAGGAUAAUAAAGUCCAGAAGAUACCUGGAUACAGCUGGGUAGAUGUUAAUAACAGCAGCCAUUUAUUUGUUGCAGCAGAUAAAAGCCACCCUGAUUCUGAAGAUAUAUACAUGUCCUUGAAGAGCCUUCUUCAAGAACUAAGAGAGGAAGGCUACAUUCCGAGACCAGAUCUAUGUCACCCCAUGCACCCAGACAACAGCGCACAGGUCCAUGCUGUCCCUGCAUCUCUUUUGCACUAAUAUGGUGCCUUCAUACUGGUCUGGUCUGCAAGCUCUUUCGAUUCUUGAGCGCUGUCAAUGGUGAAAAUUUUCUGUCAUACAUACUGCAGCCUGUAGGGAUAUACACCGACACUCAAGCAUGACAAUAUGUGGAAAACCAAGGGAAAAUCUGUGGAAGCACGUUGUUUGAUACGGACAUUUUCAAGGAGAAGCUUGACAGUGUUGGUACAAUGAUGAAGGCUGAUAAUAUUCCUUUCUUGUGCUUCUAUGAGCUAUUGAGUCAGUCAAAUCAUUUGGAUAAAGCCUAUUUGGAAGCCUCCCACGCUGCAUCUCUGCAAGACUUUCAGGAUUACUUAUCGCAUCCAGCAUCCGGUCCAAUAAUUGAAUGAACUGGCGGUCUUCAUGAGCAACCCGGGGAUCCGAAAACCUGUCGCCAUGUGGC